CAACGUAGACAGUUGAUGCGUACGUUUACAGCGGUACAGCUACGGCCUGUGGUGGUGUGCAGCGGCUGUCCGCCACGCAGUGCGCGCGUUGAGUUUCGCUAUACGAUUCUAAUCCAGCCGACUGCCAACAUCGCUCAUCGCUCAUUCCGAUUUUAACCAGCGCGCCGGCCGCUCGCGCGCCCCUUCUAAAUACAGCACGUGGUUCGUGUUUCGAUCGCAAUCUAACCUAUAACCCGUCGGCUGCCAACGAAUACGACACCGAGAAAGUUCGUCAGUGAUUAAACAAAACCAGUUGAAGCGUAAUAAAAAAAAGGAAUUCGGCAAAAUGGUUAAUGAAAGUAAAGGUGUGAAAGUCACCCAGGAAUUGGAGACAUUCCUGUCUCCAGAAGAGAAGAGCAAAGAAAAAAUUGUUAGCAAAUACAGUCUAACAAAGGAUGCGGAGUCGGGAGAUUUCGAUCCUUUCACUGAGAGAAAGUUGGAUAAUCCUACAUCAAACAACGACACCCUCACUCAUCUGCUGAAGGCAUCUCUGGGUACCGGUAUCCUGGCGAUGCCGAAGGCUUUCAAAUGCGUCGGAUUGGUCUCCGGAGUGCUCUUCACCAUUCUGGUCGCCGUGAUUUGCACUCACUGUUCUUAUAUCCUUAUUAAAUGCGCUCACGUGCUUUAUAAAAAGACGAAAAAGACCUCCAUGACAUUCGCAGAGGUAGGCGAGGCGGCCUUAGACAAUGGACCACGGGGUCUAAGAAAAUACGCCAAUGCCUUUAGAAUUUUUAUAACCGUCAGUCUAUUCAUGACUUAUUUCGGCACCUGCUCAGUCUAUACUGUCAUCAUAUCUACACACAUAAUGAAGGUCGUAGGAUUUUACACAAAAACUGCCGACCAGAGCCCGAUAGACAUAAGAUUAUACAUAAUAGCCUUGCUGCUGCCUUUGAUCUUCAUGGCGUGGAUCCGCAAUCUCAAGUACCUGGCGCCAGUGUCCAUGAUCGCUAACAUUUUCAUGGGCCUUGGUCUCGGAAUCACAUUCUACUACCUGGUGGGCACCAACGAAAUGCAAGUCGAUAACAUGAAGAAUAUGCUGUUCAAGCAUCCAGAAGAAUGGCCAGAGUUCUUCUCCCUGACUAUUUUCGCGAUAGAGGCCAUUGGAGUAGUGAUGCCCUUGGAGAAUGCCAUGAAAACUCCUCGAUCCAUGCUCGGUUUUUGCGGAGUACUCAACAAGGGAAUGACUGGCGUAACUAUUAUCUACUUCACCCUUGGUUUCCUCGGCUACCUCCGAUUUGGCGAAAGUGUUAAAGAUUCUAUCACGCUUAAUUUGAACGAUGAAAUGAUUCCCGCUCAAAUCGUCAACGUCUCAAUCGCCAUCGCCGUGUACUGUACUUUCGGCCUUCAGUUCUUCGUGUGCAUAGAAAUCGCAUGGAACGGCAUCAAAGACAAGUUCACCAAGCGUCCCGACCUUGCAGACUACAUAAUGAGAACCGUCAUGGUGACCGCUUGCGUGCUCCUGGCUGUAGCCGUCCCGACCAUCGCCCCAUUCAUGGGAGUCAUUGGCGCGUUCUGCUUCUCACUCCUAGGUCUUAUUGCACCGGCAUUUAUAGAAAUAAUCACCUUCUGGGACAUCGGUUUCGGUCCAGGUAAAUACCUUAUUUGGAAAAACGUCAUUGUUACCUUAUUCGGUUUGUUUGCACUCGUCUUCGGAACCAAAGACGCUGUGAUUAGUAUAAUACAUGAAUAUACGAAAUAAGCUAGAAACUAAACAGUGUUAGACAUAUUUAUAAGUUUGAUACAAAAUUUUGUUGUUAAGUUAUAUUUAAUGUUGGUUUGAAAGACUGGGUUGUGGUUGGUACUAAAGCCAUUGUAUCACUGUUAGGUCAGUCUUCGAACUAGAGACGGUUUGCUUGCUAAAUAUUUUAUUGUUAUACGUACGAAUGAAAUUGUGUCAAAUUGAUCAUGAAAAUUCAAUUGCAUUCCCAACCCUUUGAAAGCUUGUGAAAGAGAUGUGCUUUAUCUUAAGUCGUCAAGAACGAAUUGCGACAAAGCAUGUCUAUAAAUGGGGCCAACCGUUACGUACAAUGUAGUGUAUGGGUGACGUUUUACAACAUGUCGUUUUAAAUAAUGUUUUUCAUACAGGAAAUAAAGUUAGUUUAUAAUUUAUUUAAUAGUUAAGUACUACAUCUAUUUCAAAAUGUUUAUAUUUGAAAGUUAUUAAAUAUGGAUAUAAACGUAACAUUAUCUUAAUACCUAUCGUUUAAUGUAGUAUACACUUAUAGAACAACCAUCGAGAACCUAGAUGUUAAUUGAAUAUAAAUAUACAAAUUGCAACCUAACGCAAGUAAACAGAUCUCUCUUGGCUAAAAUUUGCUAUUGAGUCUCUUAAACAUGCUUUAUGUUUACGGUAUAGUUGUCUCCUUGUUAAUUCUCUGUAUCUUUUUAUUCACAUUUAACUUUCGUUGGAAUAUGUGAUGAACGGCUUCCGGAAUAGUAAGGACUUAUUAAUAAAAGUACCCAGUAGAAGUUAUUAUUCUCUAACAUUUCAAUCAUUGAUCAACUAAAUUUGUUGAAAUAACAAUGAUUCGUUUACUACUAUCUUUACUGAGCUCAUUUAUUGCUUGGUUCACCUUGGGUUCACUUCUUGAUAGGUCAAAAUGUAUCCGCCUAUAACACCCUCACAAAGCUUUCGCGAUGCCUAAGUACAUUAUACUUUUCCUGAAGUCGUCGAAUUUAGGAGGCAACAAAAAGUAUUUUUGUUAGAAUAGGGUUAUCUUUUUAUCGUAAAGCAAUGUUAAAUUCUACUAGUUAUUUUAAGAGUAACAAAAUGAGACCAGGCUGUCAUUGCAUUUAGUGUUUGUAAGCGUUUACACAGGUUGCUUUUAUGUUAGAACAGACAUAUUUAUUACUAAUAUUAAAGUUAUUUUAAACAUUGAUAUGAGUAGAGUGAUCCAGUUGCUUAAUUAUGACUAAAACAAGAAUAUCCUUUAUUUUUAAUAUAUAUUCUAUAGCACGUCAUGAUGAGUUAACAGCAGCCACUUCAUAAUAGAACCAUUUAAGUGUAAUCAUAAAUAAGUCAUUUUUUGUGGCAAUGCCACUAUUAUCAUCUGAUAUUAUUUCAAAAAACUCGUAAAUAAAUACACUCUCAUUCAGUUCAUGUCAAAAAAUAAUGAAUAAUAUAACUUAAUAUCCAAUAUAUUUAUAUCAACGUAUCAGAAACCGCAAUAGGAUCAAUAAGCAUCCAGUGUUAUGAAUAAAAGGAAUUUAAUAUAAGUGUAUUGUUCUGUGAAAAACAAAUGUUUGAAGCUGGAAUCAUAACUCUAGGUAAUACAUAUUAGUUACUUUAAUAAAAAUCUGUGACUUUUAAAUUUCGUAAUGAUUUAAAUAUGUAGUUAUUACAAUCUUGUACCGUAGUACCAAGGGGAAAAAUCAUUUAUAUUUGAAUAAAUAUCAUCUCUCUGCAACUACAAAUUACUGAAGAGCUUAGGUGUAUGUACAGUAAACUAUCUUAUUUUCCCAAACUAAAUGAUGUCUGUAUCUACUCUUUGUGAUAUGGUAAUGGCCUUCAUCAUAGAGUAAGAAGAAUACGUAAGGAUUGAUGCUUUUUAUCAAAUAAAGUGUAUUUUAUUUUACAAUAAAAUACAUCGUAUUUUGAUACAAUAUUUAUUGUAAUGCGAAUUUUACAAUUAACUUACUAUACAAUUUUAUACGUAAACCAUUUUCAUUAUUGGGUGCUUUGAUAUGCAAGAUGUGCUUUUUAUAUUAUUUCGUAUAUAAAUAAUUGUAAUUUAAAAUAAUCAUGUUAGUGUCGGCAUGAUGAUGAAGUGAGAAUAGAAAAUAUAGACAAUGUAUCAAAUUA